AUGGAGUGGAACACUAAGGAGUACAAGCUCCACUGCGUCCAGCGCCCGGGCUCCCCUGGUUCCCCCGACGCCUCGCCACCCAGCGGCGAUUCUAGGAACCGACCCACUGACGUAAACAGUUAUGCCAGCAAGAAGAGUGCCGCAGAGAGUAUGCUAGACAUCGCGCUACUUAUGGCCAACGCGUCGCAGCUGAAGGCCGUGGUGGAGCAGGGCCAGGACUUCGCCUUCUUCGUGCCCCUGGUGGUCCUUAUCUCCAUCUCUCUUGUGCUGCAGAUUGGAGUGGCCCUGCUGCUUAUCUUCCUGGUCAAGUCUGACCUUAACAACACAGAUGACUCCACCCAGCUGGACUUCCUUAACAACCUGGCCACGGGACUGGUAUUCAUUAUCAUGGUGGUCAACAUCUUCAUUUUGGCCUUUGAGGUCCAGAAGCCUGUAAUGGACAUGGCACCCCAGCAGUAG